UUCCCGGAUAAUCCCGCCCUAACCGAAAAGAGCCACGUUGUCACUCGGCACGUCUCUCGUAAUGUCUCUCCUUCUCUGCACGUUAUUUAUUACACUAUUCGUCGAUAUUGUACAUGCAGCAGGUUUUCAGUUCGUGACGUGCGGUAGCGUUAUAAAACUCGCGCACAUUCAAUCAAACGUGCGCUUGCAUUCACACGAAGUGCGUUACGGCUCGGGAAGUGGUCAGCAGUCCGUGACGGGCGUGACGGAUACAGGCGAUGCUAACAGUUACUGGGUAGUGAAAGGGACGCAAGAUAAGCCUUGCAAGCGAGGGGUUCCAAUUAAAUGUGGUACUGUUAUCAGACUGAAUCAUUUACAGACAAGACUCAACCUUCACAGUCACUUUUUCCAAUCACCUCUUAGUAAUAAUCAAGAAGUGAGUGCAUUUGGUGAGAAUGGUGAAGGAGAUUCAGGUGAUUACUGGACAGUACAGUGUGAUGAUGAUUUCUGGAGGCGAGAUGAUAUAAUACACUUGAAACACAAGGACACAGGAAGGUAUCUUCAUGCAAGUCACAAUCAAUUUGGACGUCCCAUCAGUGGGCAAAGAGAAAUAUGUGCAAUUCCUUCUCAAGGGCAAGACACUUUGUGGCAAGCCAUGGAGGGAAUUUACUUGAAGCCAUCAGAUGGCACAAGCUGAAACUUUAUUUUUGGUUAGAUUGAGUUACGAAUUGCUGAAUAGGCAGACUGUACUCUGACAUGCUGCAGGUUCUGCUAGAUGAGCAACACUGUUACAGUAUGUAAAUUGGUGUGAGAGUAAUAGUACAAGUUAUACUUACAGUA